AUGUCACUCGGAAAGCAACCGUCAGACCACAUAAAGAGGCCAAUGAACGCGUUCAUGGUAUGGUCAAGAGGUCAGAGGCGAAAAAUGGCACAAGAUAAUCCUAAAAUGCACAAUUCAGAAAUUUCAAAAAGGCUUGGAGCGGAGUGGAAACUCCUUACUGAGAUGGAGAAGAGGCCGUUCAUUGAUGAAGCAAAGAGAUUACGAGCACUGCAUAUGAAGGAACAUCCUGACUAUAAGUACAGACCGAGGCGAAAGCCAAAGGCACUCGUUAAAAAGGAACCAAAAUUCGGAUUCAACAUCUCCGGUCUCAUGGCACCGGUUCCACGGCUAGUGGCACCCUCGAUGCCGCAGCCGAUGCCGCAGUUGCCACUGCCUCACCACCUGCUACCAGAUAAGUCGGACCUGGGACGAGCACUCUUUCCCCCUAUACCAUACCCGUUCUAUCCAUUCGCGAAGAUUCCGUCUGACGAUGGGAAACUGGCUGCUGAACUUGCACACUUACAGGCUCUAUAUGGAGGCGCUUUAUACAGUUCAGCGCUAUAUAACAGCGCACUGUCCCCCUGCGGGUGUCCACCACGACGUUCCCCAUCCCCCCCACCAGACGUCAAACGCCCCGUCGCCUACGUCCUCAUGAAGAGCGACGAAGAACCGCCCCAGCACGUUAUAUGAAGGCCGGUGGCUCUCCCGGCGCGGCCUUACCCGCUUUGGGAGCAGCCUUCAACGUCCACUGAAAGAGACAGUACACCUGACAGCAUUUAAAAAAUCUAGUGGUGGAGUUUUGUCAGUGAUUUUAUUGUAGCGGACUCCUCAAAUAUCAUUUUGAAUUUUCAAACUGUACCGCGUGUCUAAAUGUACAUACCAUGUGCUUCG